UCAUGUCUGCUUGUGCUUGUCAGUCUGUGGAUAAGAAAAAGUUAUUUGCGCUCUCACCUGCUAAAGUUUUUAUAAUUCCAAACAAUUAUUUAGUAACUAUGUUUACAUUGUGAAUAUAUAGUACUUAAUUGUGCCGUCUUAUAAAAUUAUCUUGAUUAAAAAAUGGCUACCGUUUUCGAUAGUCCUUUCAUUCGACAACGUUUGCAUCGUCUGCGGCAUCGUGAUUUUGACUUGGAUGAAGAUCAAAGAUUUGGCCGAUGCGAUUGUACGAGCUAUUCAUAUUUUGUACUUUCCAUGGUCUUAUUUUCUGUCGGGACAGUUAUAACAGUUUUGGCACUGGGCGACGCUGAUGGAUACAUUUUGAGUAAUUUAGGGCACAUGUGGCUAGUGGGCCCUAUAUUUAUAUGUUCUGGAAUGAUGGUGGCCGUGAAAAGUAUGUUAUAUUUACGAAGGAAAAGUGUUAUACAGAUGCUUCUUCAUCAGCGAGCAAUAAUAAGGGACAUGGCUAGCGUUCAAGCUGAACAAUCAUACAGUGGCCAAGUGCCUCGGACAGCAUCCAGCGCUACAUUACCUCCUUCAUAUGAUGCACUUAUAUCAAGUACUUCAGCAAAACCUCAACCGUCCAGUUCAGAACCUCCGCCCCCAACAUACGAUGAAGCUAUGUACCUCAUUGAUGACGGCAAAUAUAAUUUAGAAAAUAAAGGUACCAACAGCGCCAAGGAGGAAACUAGUGAGCAGACAAAUUCUAACAAUGAUGUUAGUAAACCAUGAAAAUAUUUGCCUAUAUUAGCUGUGCGAGUGAAUCUUAAUACUUCCCUUUGUACUUAUAUAUUCUAUAUUACGCAUAGUCAACACAUUAAUUAGUAUUCUCAGAUGUGCCUAAACUAUUGACUUGUUGGCAAUAUUGUUAAUGGUGUCUUUAAUUUAUAUUUAUAAGGUAAUUAUAAUAAGCACAACUAUAGGUUACAUAGUACUUGUGAUUUAACACUUCAUUUUGACUGACUUUUGUCAAUCUUGUCUCUAUAAAAGUGUGUUUAAUGCAUUAAUUAUAAGUUAUUUAAUAAGAUUUAACUUAAUUUCUUUUAGGGAUUAAUUUUCGAAUAUACUUUCUCAUAGGUACAGAAUACAGUUUAAGGUUUGAUUUGUAUUUGAUGAAAAAUAAAUCAUUAGAUUAAUGAAUUGCUGAACAUAUGCCUUAUAGCACUAGAACUUAAACUUGCUAGAAUUUAGCUAGUUCUUCUGUGUAAUGUAUCAUAAUGAUGUAAUUUCCAGAAAUUUAGUGCCUUUUGCAUCAACUUAUUUGAUCAUUUUACAUCUCAUCAACCAGUGUCAAUGUAUGUAACAAUUCAUUUUAAUAAUGUAUAGAAUGAAAACUGUCUUAGAUGCAUUUUAUUAAUAUUUUAAGGUGAUAGUGAAGACAAAGGACAUCAUAAUAAUUGUUCCAUUAUGUGCAAUUAAUUUUGCAUUUGCAUUUGUAUACAGUCUUUGUUUUCAAGAUAUAUUAAUAUGUCAUACAACUGUAUAUACAUAUAGGUUCCUAUGUGUGCAAAAUAUCAGUGAUAUAUUAGGUCAAGUCCUUCUGUGUACUUAUAUACCUUAAGCUAGAAGAUAGCAACAGCUGAUACUACUAUAUAUCAGUAGAAAAUUGUAUACUGUAACUAUUAUUAGUUCUGAUGGCUUACUCCAUUGUCUGCAUUUAACUUUUUUUUAUAGAGCAGUUAACUAUAUUUUCUUCUUCAAAUACUUAAAUAUAUUGUUUUGUAAGAAAGUAGUGGUGAAUCAGUCAAGCACUAUUGAGCUAUUAACACUCUAAAAAUGUUUGACCCACUUCCAAAAAGGGCUUUCAUUAUUCAUAAAUAUAAGUUUAUUUUAAUUAAUUUUGCGAUGAAUUACUGUUAAAUAAUAUUUACAACAGUAAGUGCAAGUUUACAACAUUCAAAACCAUUUAUGGCAACAUUAUUUAGAUUUUAGAACAAUGUACUGGUAAUAUUGACAGUAAUCAAAAGUCCUGGCUAAAUGACUGUCUUAUCAAAAACGUCAUUAUAACACAUUUACAAUGUAAAAUAAAAUUUUAAGUUUUCUAGCCAUACAAAAAUAUAUUAUGUUCAAAAACUUGCAUAAUACACCAUCUUAUCAAAAACAUGAAAUUGACACAUAAAAUUAUAAUAAUAUCAGUCAUUAUACUUUUUAAAUACACUAUUUGCAUAUUUAUAAUUACAUUGAGAAUUAAAAUAAGUAAUGCAUAUUCAAAGAAUUUUUUUAAAUUUAAACUUACUCAAGGUGUUUGUCAUAUUACUGAACUAGUUAAAUAAAAGUUGAUUUAAAAAAUAUGCCAGAUGAGUUUCCUGAUAGAAAUAGAAAAGAUGCUACAAACUUAAUUUUCUAUCACACAAUGAAUUUUGCUAAAUGUAAUGUACCCAAAAAAAUUUAUGUCAAACAUGCGUGGUAAACUUUCUCCUUUUGAGGAUAAAGAUAACUAAUAAUCCACUAAACAAUUUUUGAAACUAAUCUGGCAAAUUCUAUCAUAUUUUAUGUGAUCUUUUAUAUUUCAUUAUUAUUAAACAGCUUUUGCUAUCUUCAGACAUUUAUGUACCAUUAAAUAUUUUUAAGUGAUAUAAACUUAAAGUACCAGUUAAUUAAUUAUUAACAUAUGGUGAUUGGAAUAUGCACUUAAUGAUUGUAAAGACUGAAGCAUUUACACUUUACAUUGUUGGCAAUUUAUAAGGAACAUUACAUUUAUUGUAUAUAAUGUUGAUCUGAGUCGAUAUAUUACUUCAAAGUAGAUUUAAACUAUUUUUAUUUUUUUUUUCAAUCCUAAUUUCUUUUUAUAGCAUGUAGACUAGUCUUUAUAUUUAUUCAGGGUCUUUUACAUUGAUUUAUAUUAUAUUUGGCUAAUAUAUUAUUGUGGUGACUGCAAUUAAUUGAAAGUUUCUGUCAAUCUUAUAAUAUUAGGAUAUUUUUCCAUAUAUAUUUAUUAAUUAAUAAUUUUGUAAUAUUUCAUUGCCAUGCCUUUUAGUGAUUUGUUUCAGAAAGUCAAUAGAUAUUCUGUGAAUAAAGCAGUCGUGCAGUCAUCAUUAUAGUAGCCAACAGUGGCGUAGCGUGCCUUGAAGAGGCCCUGUAUCAAAAUUAGUUGGUGGGGCCCAAUAGCGGCAAAUCACAAAAAUUAUUUUUUUUCUCCAGGAAGCACCAGAUUAAGUGAGAUUGUGGAUUAAAUUUCCCAAAUUUUUGCUGAUAUACUUAAGGGGCCCCUGUAGUCCGGGGGCCCUGUAUCAUUGCUAUGGCGGUAGCUACGCCCCUGGUAGCCAACAGUGAUGUAUACAUGUUACUUCCAUGGUAGCCAAGAAUACUUGGUGUGAAUAUAAGUAAAACAUGUUCUCCAAGUGAUACUCGUAAGUCAUCAGGCUGCUUGAUUGAUGAUUUACUUGAACAAGUGUAAGAGGCUUUAUAAUUUUUAAGUAGUGUUUUUAUUAAUAUUUUAAAAUAUCCUAUACCAAGAUACAUGCUUUGAAUAUAUAUUAUAUAAAAUAAUUUUAUAUUGGAUUUUAGUAAAAUGUUAAAUUACAUUUUAAUUUUGAAUACUAAUAUUUGGUAGUGUAACUUGAAAUUUUUUUUAGCUUAGUCUAUUUAAAGUAUACACAUAGAUUAAUUAUUGUUUCGCAAUCUCCAUGUUCCCUCAAAUAAAACAGUUUCUUUCUGA